AUGAUUCAUAAACAACUAGAUGAAUCAACAGAAAAUCAAAUAGUAACAACAACAACAUCUAUUUCAAAUCAAAUAACAACAACAUCAACCAAUACAACAACUAAUACAACGAUAAAUACUACACCAAUAACAACAUUAAAUAGUAAUCAUAUAGAACCAUUAUCAUUAUCGACGGUUGACUCGAGUGUAAAUACAGUACAAAUGUACAAUCGAACAACAUCAAAGUCAUCUUCUUCACCUCUAACUAUAACUAAAUAUCUGGUGUAUCUGUCUAUUGUAAUUGCGAUUGGUGCCUAUCUUUUCUUUACUGGAUUCCUUUUGAUUCGGUUCGAACUUCCUCUGAAGAGUCAAUGUUCAGUGUCACCACUACCUUCACCGAAUAGAUUCGUCGAUCUGAUUCAUCAGUCAUCGUCGACCAACAGAAAUGUAGAUAAAGGAUGUUGGAUGCCGCCAACCUAUAGAAAAGCGGUAAUAGUCGUUAUCGAUGCACUGCGAUUCGACUUUGUACAGAAACAAUCACCGAAUGCACAGAAUCUAUCGCCGUACUUCCACAACCAUUUGAACAACCUGACCAGUCUGCUAGAAACCAAGAAAUCCAAUAGUAUUCUCUAUAAAUUCAUGGCCGAUUCGCCAACGGUCACAAUGCAGAGAAUCAAAGGUAUCACCACUGGUUCGCUGCCGACGUUCAUCGAUGUCGGUUCCAACUUUGGUGGCGAUGCAAUCGUCGAAGACAAUCUCAUUCAUCAGCUAUCGUUCCACGAUAACCACAAUCAUAAACACGAUGUCAAAGACAGAAACAAUGAAAUCGAUGGUCUGCGAAAGAAAGUAGUUUUCAUCGGGGAUGAUACAUGGGUAUCGUUGUUUCCCAAUCAUUUCUACUCACAGUAUCCAUUCCCAUCGUUCAACGUCAAGGAUUUGCACACCGUUGACAAUGGUGUAAUCGAUAAUCUCUUACCGACCAUCACAAGAAUGCAAACCGAUAAAGAUGGUUCAGAUUCAUGGCAUAUUGCAAUCGGUCAUCUCCUGGGUGUCGAUCAUGUCGGUCAUCUUCACGGACCAUAUCAUCCUGAAAUGAUAAAGAAAUUAACUCAAAUGGAUGAAUUUCUAUUAUCUGUAUAUAAUGAUACAUUGUUUGUUUUGUUGGGUGAUCAUGGUAUGACACCGGAUGGAAAUCAUGGUGGAUCUUCACCGGAGGAAAUGGAAGCUGCGCUUUUCAUGUACUCACCAGGACAUCCAAUAAACUCUGAUCUACCGGCGCAAUUUCGGUUUGGAGAUCAACAUGGUGUCAAAAAUGUUAGUCAAAUCGAUUUGGUUUCAACACUUUCACUGUUGUUGGGUGUCCCCAUACCCUACGGUAAUCUGGGUGCUGUCAUUCCAGAGUUGUUCUUGGGUGUCGAUGAUCAUCAGCAAUCGAGUAGCACCGUGCAUCCGGGAUGGUAUCGUUUGAUCGAUGCACAACGAAUCAAUGCAUGGCAAAUCAAACGAUACCUAGAGAGCUACUCACAGGUCAGUAAGGAAUUUCCUGUUUCCAUCCUGAAGCACUACAAUCAAUUGAUGGAUCGUGCAGAACAAGAUUAUUCUCAACUGAAAGCUGAUGAUACCUCUAAUUUCUAUGAGGUUUACCGUCAGUAUCGCCAGUUCCAAGAGGAAGUAGUCGUGCUGUGCAGAGAAAUAUGGGCAACUUUCGACACAUUUGCUAUGAUGGCUGGAUUGUCUAUCAUGUCGGUUGCGCUUGUAACCAUACUGGUGUUUAUCUAUGUCCUGGCACUCUCUAAUUCCACCGAUAGCUAUCCAAUGUUUCCAGCCGGUCGUAUAUUUAUCUAUUCCAUGGUCGGUGCAAUCCUGUCGAUUCCAAGCUAUCUGGUGUUGCACCUCUCGCUCGUGCAAGAACAUUCCUUUGUCAUUACAUUGAUAACCAGUACAGCGAUUGUAUCAAUGAUUGGAAUGAUAUCAUCGUUAACAUCAAACACCAACGUUGCUUCACUCAAUCCACUGAAGUACAUCGAUUUGAAUACCGUCAGAUCGAUAGUAUCACAGCUACCAUUUAGCAUCAUGUUUUUACUACCACUCCUCUCGAUUAUCUUACAUGGAGUAUCACAAAGUUCCAAUAGUUUCAUAGAGUCACAACAGAAUGUCGGUGUUGACGCCGUGGGCAGUCUAUACUCUUACUAUAGUUGGCAUCUUGAAAUCACUGCUAAGCAACAACAGCGCCACUCUCGAUGCAACCAAGUUGAUAUUCUUCAAGCUCAUAGAAAUAGUGAUGCCGUUGUUUGGUGUGUUGGCGCUGUUGUUGGGACCGUCGGUGCUUCCCUCGUUGACAUGGAUAGUGAUACACACGUCGCUCAUCACCCGAUUGAUGGGAGAACUGAUGCAACAUCGACCGUCGACACCCUACAAAAUCGCACUGGACACGAGUAUCAGUUCAACAAGAUUCAAUUCGAUGCUGCGACCAUCGGUUUUGAAGAACAUGUAAUGUGGCGUGACGGUCUCCUAGUGAUUCUCAAUACUUUUGCAUCGCCUAUUUUCUUUGCGCUAUUCCUACCGAUCUAUAUUAUCUACUCUUUACAUCUUGUACAUCAACCAAUCGUUGCCAAAGUAUCACCACCUGCAUCACCUAUAGAUAGUUUUAGUGUAUUAAAUCAUAAUGAAAACAAUACUAAUAAUACAACAACAACAACUACAUCAUCAACAACUAAAAACAACUUCAAACCAGACAACUCUAGUAACAAAUCACUACGAUCUAUAUUAAUCGGAUAUUUAUUAUAUUUAAUAUUCUUUUUGUUCAAUACCAUCAAUAUUUGUAUUAGUGUUUAUAUGCUUAGACGUCAUCUAAUGGUUUGGAGAGUCUUUGCACCAAAGUAUCUGUUUGAAACUGUCCAACUACUGAUAGUUAUGCUAUUUCUAGUUAUUUCGAGUUUAUUGAUAACUUGUAUUAAAUCAAAAAUAAAGAAUUAA